UUGACGGAGCUUUGUAAAAUUCUGCAAUCCGAUUGGUGAAAUGCCUGACAGUCGAGGUCACCAUGUCAUGCAUUCAGUGAGAUUUCCUCUUGUAGCAGGCUCGUACAAAGAACCUAGACCUCUGUAACCAUUGAGGAAUUCUCGGAAAAAGGACAGUAGAUGCUAAAUCAGUUCCAGAUUUUGCUUGAAGGAAUCGCAUCUGACUAUUUAAGAAAGGCUGUGGUGAAGCAGUGCUGACAGAUCUGUUGGGGAAUGGCGGUUAACGUAUAUUCUACAUCUGUGACCAGUGAGAACAUGAGCCGGCAUGACAUCAUGGCUUGGAUUAAUGACACGGUGUGUUUAAACUAUUCAAAGAUUGAACAGCUUUGUUCAGGUGCAGCUUACUGCCAGUUUAUGCAUAUGUUGUUCCCAGCCUGCAUUAGUUUGAAGAAAGUAAAAUUCCAGGCUAAGUUGGAACAUGAGUACAUUCACAAUUUCAAGCUGCUACAGGCAUCUUUUAAAAGAAUGAAUGUUGAUAAAGUUAUUCCAGUAGAAAGAUUAGUGAAAGGUCGCUUCCAGGAUAACUUAGAAUUCAUUCAGUGGUUCAAAAAGUUCUUUGAUGCAAACUAUGAUGGCAAAGAAUACGAUCCCGUGCUUUCUCGACAAGGUCAGGAUGCUAUUCCGCCACCCAAUCCUGGAGAACAGAUUUUCAAUUUACCGAAGAAGCCAGCAAGUUCUCCAAGUGCAGGUGCUGCUGCUCCAAAAAGCACUCCAUCUCCUAAACCAGGGUCAACACCAUCGAGACCAUCUUCAGCUCAAGCUAGAAAAGCACCAGGAUCAAAAAAUGCUGGUGAUGGAGAAACACAUGUUGCACAGUUGAAUGAACAGGUGAGUUCACUAAAACUUGCACUUGAAGGAGUUGAGAAGGAAAGGGACUUCUACUUUGGGAAACUGAGAGAAAUUGAACUCAUCUGCCAAGAGCACGGACAGGAGAAUAUGGACCUUGUCCAGCGACUCACAGAUGUGUUAUACGCUACAGACGAAGGAUUUGUAGUGCCAGAGGAAGGUCAUGUACAAGGUGAUGAACAGACUCAGGAACCAGAAGAAUACUGAUAAGCCAAUGUGAGCAUUUUCUUCACUGACUGAGGGCUUCAAGGAACAAGUUUCUUCAGUUUGAACAUUAGUAUUUUAUCUUCCAUACUCAGCAGCAGCAAAAUACUGUAUUCUUUAUCCAUUAUCUUACCACCAUGCAUUUGCAGCUAUUGUUUUCUGUACAUAAACUGUGAUAUUUUUGGGGGUUAACUUAACAUUGUGCAGUAUUGCUUAUAUUUUAGGCAAAUAUGUUUGACAACUCUGGUUUCAAAGUACAGUGUCCACCUAUGAAAGUCAUUUAAGGAAGUGGUGAGCAAAUAUGCAGUAUUAUAGCAUCACAAUUGCCAUGUAUAUUUUCCAUGAAGCCUGCUAUGUAGAGAACAGCCCAUUAUAGUUCCAUUCUACCCUAUACCUGUACUGGCAAAGGGUGUCAGCCUAUUUAUAUUUGAACACACAAUUGAAGGAAUGGAUUCUUAAUUCUGUGUAAAAAAAAAAAAAAAAAGUCUUAUUCAGCUGUAACUUACUUGUUUUUGAAAUUAUCCACAGUUUGUCGCAUGAUAGAGUAGAUUUGUUUAAAUAUGUGAAUUUUGAGUUAUUUUAUCUUUCUACUUAUUUAAUAUUAAAUUGGUUGUGUGUUUAUAGUUAUGGUUUGUGUAUAAAGGUCUUCAUAAGAAAUCUUCUAAUGUAGUGCCCACAUUUAUAGCCAUACUCACUUGGGAACUGAACUAUUCAGAGCACCUUGAAUGGAAUGCUCUGGCAUUUAGAUAGAAAGUCAGUGAGGAGAACCCAAGCUAAUAUUUUGCAUGCUGUUUAGAAGCGACAUGGUAGUUAAAGUCCUGAAUUUGAAAUCCAGUCUUCACCAACAUUUGCACUUCAGCUUUCCGUUGGAGCAAGAUUUGCACGUUUUCGGUUGGUUAAUUCCAAGGAGGGCAAAUGGGAGAUGAGAUCUUUUCUGUGCCAGUCAUGCCUGACUUGCAGCGAGUCUGUCCACAUAUUGCGAUCAUUAAGUCAGUGGAAGUAAAUAUAGAACUUCCUGUUUGAAGAGGAUGGUGUUGAAUGAUUGGGAGGGAGAGAAAAAUGGAAGAGCAUUAAAAAAAAAUAUUUUGCAUGUCGAAGAAAACAACAAGGGGUGCUCUAUUGGUUGUGGAAGAGGAAUUGUUUCUAACAGCCAUUCGUAGUAAAACUUGUUCUAUAUGUGCAUCUUGUACUCCUGUUUUGUCUGAAUUUAAUACAGAGAUGUGUAAGAAAAUAUAUGUAAGCUUUCACCAUGA